CGAAGCCGUGUUACAGCAAAGAGGAGUGCAAGUGUGUGAAGUGUAUCAGCGCGUGUGUGUGAGAGAGACACCUGUUGCAGAGGAGCCAGGAGCUCAAGCCCUCAACUAGACGGUCAGCAUACAUCUCGGGGACUUCGUAUCGCUCUGCAGAAGUCCGGCCGUGUUUGGAGUUUGUUUUUUUUCCUUCCUGCACGAGACUGUAAACGUUCCCAAAAUCGCAGUUGUUUACAGCUGCGUCCAUGUGUGACACAUACAGCCCGGAUUCGCAGUGCGUAUCGCCGCCAUGCAACAUGAGCUGGGCGCUGGAACCCGCAAACUUCUACGAAAGCAAGCAGAUAGGCGCGUCCGCGGAUGCUAAAGCGGCGCGUCCGGACGAGGACGGCGGUGUGGUGGAACUGAGCAACGCGCCGGCCAUCUACGACGAUGAGAGCGCCAUUGACUUCAGCGCGUACAUCGACUCAGUAUCUUCGGCCCCCAGUUUCGAACUCUGCCAUGACGAGCUGUUCGCCGACCUGUUCAACAGCGCCGUGAAGCAAGAGAAAGGUGACUUCUACCAGCUGGGCUCCGCGCACGCGGACUUUGAGCGAGCCGAGUACGGCAGCAAGAGUGCGUUCCCGCCGCCCCCAAUCAAGCAGGAGGCUGAGUGGAGCGACGGGGACGCGCCUUCGUCGCUGCCUUCACAGAUCGAGGCGUGCGCGCAGACCUCCGUAAGCCUGCACACGGGCCAGCCGCCCACGCCACCCGCCACGCCGGAGCCCGCGCAUCGCAGGGGGUCCCGCGAGAGGGGUAAGAAAAGUGUGGACAGGCUGAGCCCGGAGUACCGGCAACGGCGCGAGCGCAACAACAUCGCCGUGCGCAAGAGCAGGGACAAGGCGAAGCGACGCAACCUGGAAAUGCAGCAGAAGCUAGUGGAGAUGAGCGCCGAGAACGAGCGCCUACGCAAGAAUGUGGAGCAGCUGACGCGCGAGCUCUCUAGCCUGCGCAGCUUCUUUAAACAGCUGCCCGAGUCGAUCGCUGACAGCCGGUGACACAAUAACGCACUUUGCCGUCUUUUCAUGCUUUUUGUUUAUAAAGAACUGUUGGAAAACAUACCUCAAAAGUGACUUGAAUAUACUUUCACUCUGUAGCAUACGUGCAUUAAAAGCUAGGCCGAAUUGAACUUGGGCACUGAGCUAUGGUUAUCACCUUCUGUCCGGUUGCUGCCUUGAUUUGCUCUAUUUUAUGUGAAUAUUUUUCAACAUUUUUUAUUCUAAAUUAUUACAGAACCUUCAUAUGCUAUGGUACGUUUUAUAAUUCCGAACUUUGUAUCAAUGCCAGAGCAUGUUGGAAAAUUUUAUAUAGUUUGUAAAAAAAAUGGGAAUACUGUUAAUAAAUGUGUAAUAAAAUGACGUAAAAUCUCA